CACGCUACUAAACACGGAAUCUAAAGUAGGCGUGCCAUCGUCCGAUAUCGAAGUGACAGUACACAAUUUCCCCGUGAAAACAAUCUCCCGAUCCUGCUUUCCAAAAUGGACGAUUCUGAGCGUCCCACGUGCUGCAAACGAACCGGUAGAUUCUUCAGCUUGUACUGGCGAGUACUGGUUCUUUUAGCCACCCCCAGCUUGGCAGCACUUUUGUUUCUCGUGGACACCGGGCCUGCCUACCGAUGCAUGUUUGUGGUGCUCAUAAUGGCCGUUUACUGGAUAACGGAAGCACUACCCCUACCAAUCACUUCCAUGAUUCCGGUGGUGCUGUUUCCGCUGCUGGGAAUUCUGGACACCGAUCGAACCUGUAUGAUGUACAUGCGGGAAACGUUGCUCAUGUUCAUGGGUGGCAUAUUUUUGGCACUGGCAAUCGAACACUGUAAUCUGCACAAACGAAUCGCAUUGAAGGUGAUCUGUUCGAUAGGCUGCAGCCAACGGAAGCUGAAUUUUGGACUGCUGGCGGUCACGAUGUUCGUAUCGAUGUGGAUUUCCAAUACAGCGACGGUGGCUAUGAUGUGUCCCAUCAUGAAAGCUGUCCUGGAAGAACUUGAAGCGCAAGGAUUAUGUCAAAUGUAUCUAAAGCCAAAGCAGAAUGAAAUGGAGAAGCAAAGCAACGAGACACCAAUUCCAAGCAGGAUAACAAUCUGUUAUUACACGGGUGCAGCCUACGCAGCCAGUAUCGGAGGUUUGGGUACAUUGCUUGGAACCGGAACCAACUUAACGUACAAGGGCAUAUACGAAAACCGUUUCCCCGAGGGCAACCCGAUAGACUUUUUCCGGUUCACAAUCUACAACACACCAGGCAUGCUAUUAGGAACAUUUCUGGUGUGGAUCUAUUUGCAGGUGGUUUACAUGGGCAUGUUUCGCCCGAAUAGCAAAGCCGCUCAAGAAGCAACCAUCAGCAAAGAAGGAGAGACCAUUGCGCACGGUGUGAUAAUGAAUCGCUACGGUGAACUAGGACCGAUCACAUCUCAUGAAAUAAGCGUGGCCAUUUUGUUUGUCAUAUCUAUUGCGCUGUUUUUCACACGGAAACCUGGGUUCACCACUGGUUGGGCCGAUCUGCUUCCGGAGACAAAAAUUCAAGAUGCAACACCAGCUAUUUUGACGCUCUUAUUACUUUUCAUAUUCCCCGCGAACUGGCAGUGGUUGAAUUUCUUGAAGAUCAAUCCGACAUCCCUUCCAACCGAACGAACGCCAAGUCUUAUCACGUGGAAGUACAUCAACGACAAAACGCCAUGGAGUUUAAUUUUCCUGCUGGGCGGUGGAUUCGCGCUGGCAGAAGGUGGAAAAGCGUCCGGUAUGUCCGAAAUGAUUGGCCAGUCGUUGUCCGUAUUGAAGAACCUGCCGCUACUUCUGCUGCUGUUUAUCGUUUGCCUUGUCGUUCAAAUACUAACCGAAUUCGCGUCCAACGUGGCCAUCUGUAACAUCAUCUUGCCGGUGAUGGCUGAAAUGUCCCUAGCGAUCGAGCUGCACCCGAUGUAUCUGAUGCUCCCGGUGGCAAUAUCCUGCAGCUAUGCGUUCAUGAUGCCUGUUGGAACACCGCCUCUGGCAAUCGUCGCCGGCUUGGGACACAUUCAAACCAAAGAUCUGAUCAAAGCUGGAGUUGGUGUCAAGGUCAUUAUGCUGCUCAUCAUUUGGGGAUUGUUUCCUGUCCUCGGGCCACUGGUGUAUCCCGAGAUCAAGGACUUUCCGGAUUGGGCGAGGCCGAUUCAAAACAGCAGUGAAACACCGGAACAGAACAGUUCAAGCAUUAUGACGUAUUAAUCGACUGUUGGAUCGUAAGUGCCAAGUACUGAUGCAGCUUGUGUUGAUUGUUGGUUAUUACCCCCUAUCAGUAGAUGAAUAGAAUGUUAAUGUUUCCAACAAAUAAUGACCAUGAGUAGCUUAGUUGAACUUGAUCUAGUUUGAGUACACCCCGCUGAGUACUUGACAUGGAGUAUAUUG